CAGCAACUGACAGGUUAAAUCCCCCAAAGUAAUCGAGAGAACUGAACGAGUGUUUCUCUCCCCCCCCCCCCACCCGUGCUGAUCGGUAUCUCUCGUGUUUCACAACGUUGCUGAUGCACCGUAACACCCUGUAAUCCUUGUGCUAGUGCGCAGACUGUAAUGCCAGCGGGACAGACAGGAAAUCACAGAAGCUCGCAAAUCCUAGCACCGCUCGACAGUGCCAGCACACUCGAUCUGGCCCAGAUUUAGUGGAGAAGGCGGCCUGCUCAAGAAAUCUCCGAAAUCUUGAAGAGCGGUUUCCUACAGAGUUCAGCUGCAAUGCGCGCUAAGACAGCACUUGGAUAGAUUUUACGGACUAUCAAGCUUGCUAUCCAUAAGGAUUACAGACUGCCUUUUUAAAGUUUUUUAUAUUUGAAUUACUGGUUUAUACACUUCUUGAUGUGAACACUGUGUUUCUGAGAACAGUUUUGCAAGAAAGGCUAGCUUUGCCUUGAGUUUCUCUGGGCGUUUCUCCUGUUUGAUGCGCUGAUUGUUCAUUGUGCACUUAUAAAGAACGACCCAACGCACCUUGCGUCAUCAUGUCAACCAACAGCAGUUCGUGCACACCACCUGGUAAUGGACAUGUAAAUGGCUAUCCAGUGCCCCAUUAUCCAUUCUUCUUCCCACCGGUCCUCGGGGGCCUUUCACCACCAUCUAUAAAUGGAUUGCAACACCAGCUUCCAGUCAGUGGCUACAGUACUCCUUCACCUGCAACCAUAGAAACGCAGAGUACCAGCUCAGAGGAGAUUGUGCCCAGUCCACCUUCUCCACCCCCUCCUCCACGUGUAUACAAACCCUGCUUUGUCUGCCAAGACAAGUCAUCAGGUUACCACUAUGGAGUCAGCGCUUGUGAAGGAUGCAAGGGUUUUUUCAGAAGAAGCAUCCAAAAGAACAUGGUAUACACUUGCCACAGAGAUAAGAACUGCAUCAUCAACAAAGUCACCCGCAAUCGGUGUCAGUACUGCCGUCUGCAGAAGUGCCUGGAAGUUGGCAUGUCCAAGGAAUCUGUGCGAAACGACAGGAACAAGAAGAAGAAGGAGACUCCCAAGCAGGAGUGCUCAGAAAGCUAUACAAUCACACCUGAGACUGAGGAUUUAAUUGAGAAAGUCCGCAAAGCCCAUCAGGAAACCUUCCCAGCACUGUGUCAGCUUGGCAAAUACACUACUAAUAACAGCGCUGAACAGCGAGUAACAUUAGACAUUGAUCUCUGGGACAAAUUUAGCGAACUCUCAACUAAAUGCAUUAUCAAGACAGUUGAGUUUGCCAAACAUCUUCCUGGAUUUACCACUCUUACCAUCGCUGACCAAAUUACCCUCCUCAAAGCUGCCUGCCUAGACAUCUUGAUUCUGCGAAUCUGCACCAGGUACACACCUGAUCAGGAUACCAUGACUUUUUCGGAUGGCCUUACCUUGAACAGGACACAGAUGCAUAAUGCAGGCUUUGGUCCCCUUACUGAUCUGGUUUUUGCAUUUGCCAAUCAAUUACUGCCGCUGGAGAUGGAUGAUGCAGAGACUGGGCUUCUUAGUGCUAUCUGCCUCAUUUGUGGAGAUCGGCAGGAUCUGGAAGAGCCUGAGAAAGUGGAUAAGCUACAGGAACCAUUGUUGGAAGCUCUGAAGGUUUACGUGAGGAAGAGGCGGCCAAACAAGCCACACAUGUUCCCCAAAAUGUUGAUGAAGAUCACAGAUCUGCGCAGCAUCAGUGCCAAAGGAGCUGAGCGGGUCAUUACCCUCAAAAUGGAGAUUCCCGGCUCCAUGCCUCCGCUCAUUCAGGAAAUGCUGGAGAAUUCCGACGGCAUCGAUCCGUCGUCCUCGCCUUGCAGCAAGAGUGGUGCAGCCCGGCCGUGUAGCAGCCCCAGUCUGUCCCCAAGCUCUGCCAGCAGCAGCCCCAACACCCAGUCACCGUAGCUUCCCGAGAACACCAAGGAACAAGUGGGUCGGACUUUCGCUCACCUGGAUGUUUGAAGUGUUUUUAAAAGAUGAAGUGUUCACAGGAGAACCACAGUAUUGUUUGCCACAUACUCUGCAGCUUGUGGAAGGCAGUUGCGACUGGGUUGGAACUUGUACCUUGUACUAAGCCACGCUGGAGUUCAAGUCCUUAACUAUGGUGGACAUCGAAUUCGGGGCUGUGCUGACCAGCAGAUAUGAAAUGUGCACACACAUAACUCACCCCCAAAACACACCCUAUAACAUGCCCACACACACACACAGGCACACUCUGUCUCUCACACAUGCACAUGCGCGCACUCUCUCACACACGCAACACACAUAUGUAUAUACAGUACAUACAUAUCACAUAUAAGCACGUACAGGCAUGUACGCAUGCAUCACACACACAAGCAUUCAGAAAUACAUCCACCCUCCAAGAUAGGAAUUAGCAGUUCUUAAAUCAGACUGCACUCCCGUUUGCAAGCCUUCAGCUUCUGGUUUUAGAACAUGCUUUGAUUUACUGCUAGGAGAGAACUAUGAAGACCAUUUUGUGUUUUUUUAAAAAAUAUUUUUUCUCUCCUUUUGUUUAUCUAUCAUAAUCUCAUAUAAUACUAGUUGAUAGACUGGAUCACCAGCGCAAAAUCCAGUAGUAUCCCAAAAAAAAAUGAAGAAUUUGAACAAAGAAAAGUUUAUAUGAAUGAAACAUUUAAUGGAUUAUUUUUGUUGAACUGUUUAAAUUGGAUUUACCAGAGGAAGAAACAAAGCUAUGAUGAUGUCAUUACAUUUUUGAAAUGAGGUCCAUACGAACUGGAAGAUGAAGAAGAUAGCUAGGUUACACUAGGGAUGUCUGUAAAUAUGCUGUUCAGUUUAAUGUACUCACAAGAAGUUCUUUUAUGCGUUUGUUGGUGGGAUGUUCAUUUUAAGCACAUUUAUUCUGAGAGAAGGCAUGGUUCUGAAGUACUGUGUAGGUCUCAAAUAUCCCACCCAGGACAUUGCUUGAUAAGGGAGUUGUGAAAGUAUGUAUGUGGGAUCAUACUUCAUACCCCUUGUUGUGAUUGGGUGGUGCUGCCCUGACUGGCAUCUGAGAGGGUCACAAUUCCAGGUCAGGCUUGCUGACGGAUAAGGAUCCCUUAUCCUUGGGUUUUAAUUGGCUGGAUGAUGAGGUUGUGUGCCAACUUGGACUGUAAUUGUCCUUCAUGAAUUCUGUCAGUGGGAGGGAAGAGAAUGUUUUUUUAAAAACAAACCUUUUAAAGUCUUCACUGAAGCAAUCAUCUCCCUCACGUAUACCAAUUUAAGAAGCUAUCAGUGGAUUAAUUUAACCGCAGCUUGCACAAGAGGGGUCAGUCACGUCCAGAGACAAAAGGAAAAAGGGUUUGAGCUUCUCAGGAUUUGACCGUGAACGUGGACCUGCACAGUGCUCAGGAUGUUCCGAUUGUUCAUUCAAAGGAAUGACUAGUCGCCUUUCGACCUCAGCUGGUUCGACUCUCAGUUAUCUUGUUAUAGUUAAGCUUUAAACUGCGUUGGAGUUUUUUGAUAAUGUUGAGACUGCCGAGUUUGAAGUCACACACAGUUUUCAGAGUGAAACAGGCGUAACUGGGUUUGUGCACUGCCACAGGCUGGGCUCAGCACCUCUCCACUAAACUCUAACCCUUCACUCUCCCUGCAGAUCUGAACUAAGGUCAGGCAAGCUGCUUUUCCACAGAUCUGGAUUCCUUGAUAUCUAUUUAGGAGGGUGUGGGCUUUGCACAAUGAAGUUAGCAUUUAUUGACCACCACUAGAUUGAUAUGUUCCCUUCUGGAAUUGAUGGGAGCAGUUUAGUACAGCUAACUGGUCGCAGAGAGAUGCAGCCCUGGCUGUUAGCAACCCACUUACCCCACAGUUAUAUGAUUCCCACUUUUUUGCCUUAUUUUCCUUCGACUGCACUCUAGGGGCAAGUUGCUGUGGGCGGUUAACCUCUCGACCAGCAUGUCUUUGGGAUGUGGUAGGAAACCAGAGCACCCAGACAAAUCCCACCUGGUUAUAGAGAGAGCGUGCAGACUCCUCACAGCUAGCACCAGAGUCAGGGUCAAACUUGGGUCCCUGGCAUCAUGAGGCAGCGGCUCGCCCGUUUCUCCACUAUGCCACCCACUGGCUCAGAGAGCAGUUGCUGGUGGAUUAGAAUCACAGACCAGGCAAGGCUGAUGGCUUUGCUUCCCUAGAGGACCUGAGUGAGCUUACUCAAGCCAGGCCGCAAUGUCCUUCAUUGGCACCAAUGUUUAUGUCCAUUCUUUUACAUGAGUCGAACUCAAAUUCACUGAUGAGUCCGGUAACAUGACUUUUUCCCAAAGCUUGUGUCUGUCUGAUGUCAGAAUGGAUGCAGCUCAAAAAAUACCCCUUUCAAAUUUUCAAAACAGUUCAGACAAGGCCUUAAGCAAGCGUGACAUUGAAAGGGAAGGGCAAACUGAAACCAUUUUCAAUCGAUCUGGGUUCCUCUGAAAGAAGAUUGGACCCAGUGCUGGGGGUGGGGGCUGUUAUUGAUGGGUUUUAUAAUAUCAGCUUUGAAGGAAUUAUUUUGACCUUCAACCCAUCAUCAAAAUUAGAAAUCCACUCAUAGGUCCAAGUCUGCUUCGCCACCAGCAGUCUUUUAUUCUGCAGCUGUUGGGGCCGGAGAUAUGGGAUUUUUCAGUUGUUGACAGAAUGUAAAUCACUUUGACAAGGUGAAAAACUAGGAGGGUGAGGAACCAAGGUUUUCAGUUCAGUUGUGAAGGUUAAGCAUUGUCUAACUGAGCUGUCAGGAUGCGCUGUUUGGGUUGAGAUUUAGCUGAACCUCCAUCUUUAAAAUGAUUAAAGAAUCUUGUGCUUGAUAUGGAAGAAGAGGGCAGCACCUGCCAGGCACAGAAAUACACCGGAAGAGAAGCUCUUUCACCACAGCAGCUGACCCAACCUGUUUAGCCAGCUAAUUGUUGCCCCGAGCAAGCCUGCAUACCAUCAGCUUUCACCAGUUUAUAAGUGGUGAAGAUCUGAAGAUGGGCAGGGUUCUGAGGUAGAGUUCUGAAGAUAGCACAAGGCCUUGGUCUCAUCACUGGGCUCAGCAGCUCCACUUCGUAGGCUUGGAAGCCUGCCUGAGGCCUAGGUUCUUAUCAGAUCCCUGGUUCCCUGCGCAGACGUCAGUCAGCCUCUGUCACCUGUCUGUCCCCAACUGGUCCAGAUUUCCUUUGCAAUCCUCCUCAGGCCAGUAAUCUUUUGGGGGCUACCGCCGCAAGUGGAUUAAUUUAUAUGAAUUAGAUGCUUUCCCUGCAGCAUUGGUCUCUCAGUGGCCCUUAAUCACCAGCAGCAUGCAAUUUGGAAGCCCAGUGUAUGUGCAAUUGGCAGAAUUCCCAAAAAUCUCCAUCUUAGAUCUCUUGUCCAUAAACAGACUCCUGAAAUUCAGCUCAUUCAUUCCUCAUACAUGCAUCAAAGAAUACCAGCACAUUGCUGCUGUGAUACAACCUGGUGCAAAUUCAGAGGUUCACAUAGAUUGGUAAAAGAAUGUUACACAAUACAGCCGACCUUACACGAGACAGAUUGGAGACAAAUGUUUGGACAAUCUCAUUUGGGGUUCCCAGUGAAGGCACCUUAAAAGCUACCUAUGAUUGAUGCCAUUUCUGCAGUUUACAUGUUCUAUAAUCUCUGAAAAAUGCAGCAGAAACCCAGCUUCCAGUUCUGUACCUCUUUUGGGAAGCUAGCCUCGAGGUGGUGCAGAGAUAAUUCUUUCGCAGUUUUAAAAGUCUGAGCAGAUUUUUAAAGCAAAUUCUCCCCCUCAUUGCGCCAGUUUUCAUUUAAGGAGAAUUUGCAGCAAAUUAUAAUUUUUUAUAUAUAUAUAUAUAGUAUUUAUUUGAAUUUUAGCUGUCAAUUUGACUGAUGCAGUCCUUACGCCUGUUGCUGAAAACGCUGUGUAAAUACAUGGCCACAAGAACGAGCAAAUGCUGCCACUUGCUGGUCAUUGUUAUUACUGCAGAUUAAUUUUCAGUGCGUGGCUGGGUGACCAAACGCCUAAAACUGCUCCACACAGGCACACCGGGAAGUAGUAUCUUGCUCUUUUUUUUUGAAGUGCAUAAGAGGAGAAAGACUUGUAUUCCUGUUUGUGAUCCAGAGCUGAUAGGGCACAAGUGUUUGGGUCGUUGUGAGUUAUAGGUCGUGAUGAAUUUUUUUCCCCCUCCCUGGGUGCAGUGUAUUUACCCCUUAUUCACAGAUGUAUCUUACUGCUCUAUUUUGUGAGUGAACUUCUCCUGGCACGCCCCUCUCCCACCUUCCUCCCAGCCCAGUGACAGCACAUCCCUGUCUCUGUAAGUGGCAAUGUGGAUGAAUUCAGUGUCCUAUUUUACACAAUGAUAAGGUACAGUUACACAUUUUGUUAAGUCAAUAACCUGACACUUCCACUGUUAAUGAGUUCUUGUUCUGUUCAUGGAUGUGUUAGUGUACUGGGUCAGACUGUACAGUAAGACUUCCUGUAACAAGGCUUUCUCUGUGCAGAUGUUACUGUUAAACUUUUCAUGAAGUCUACUGGCAAAAGAAUAAAGUUAUAUUUAUUCUACAA